AUGACCGAUCUUGAUCUUCAUGUAUCCAACAUGGAAGAACGUAUGUACACUGACAUCAGUUUGAAGCUGCUUCGAUCAACUCUGCAACGCCUCAACUCAGAACUAGGGAUGUUAAUAUGUCUUGUUGAAUCCAUGAAUCAUCAUCAUAGUCUCUACAAACAAGUCCUCAUGCGAGCUCUAUAUGGUGUAAAGGCCAAGACUCUAUUCAUACUCAGCGUGUUUGCUGCAGCGUUUUCUGGUUCUUCCAAGAAUAUAAAGGAGAUGGAGGAGGAGGUUCCAUGGGAACCGCAGAACAUAAUCAACCCGGAGAUCAAGAACACGUUGUUAUCAGACAGAUUCACGGUUAUACAAGAUCUCGAGGCUCUUGAAUUUGGUGUGGAGAAGCUUUACGCAGAGGUCCAAGAAGGGUCAGUUCCUAAUUUGAUCUUGUCUAAAAAUAAACGAGUUGCUUGUUCAAGACGGUGA